GCUGGACGUGCACAACUUGUGCUAUGUCCGUACUUUUUUAAUUAGUAAAAAAAUAUUCUCACUUUGGCUUUUAAAAAAGAACACUUGCGUCAAAUGUUCCUAUAUAAGGUCACACUCUCCUUCGCACUUGAGACACCAACGUCAACCAAAUAUUAUCAUCUUCUUUCUUCUUACAUUAAUUUUUCCGAUCGAGUUUCUUUCUUCUUGUUCACAUUUCCUUGGAACAAUGGUUUUAUCAAAAGUGGUUAAGAAGGUUACCGGAAGGCUUGAACAGAUGCAGCCUGAGGCGCCCAAAAACACUAUGCAAGUUGUGUUCAUGUUAGCAGAAGCCAUGAGGUACGGUUACACCGAGACACUGGGUACAUGGAACCUCUUCGACUUGCCCACAGCCAUCAUUCACGCUGUCACGGACAAGGAUAAGAAAACAGUUGCAAGUGAAUGCGAUGAAAGAAGUGAUUGUGUGCAGCUGAAAGCCCCAGGAGUCUUGGAUGAGUUAUAUGAGGUGAAGAAAUUGUUGACACGGGCCAUGCUUUUCAGUAGCAGAAAACGGUUUGGAGCAUUUUUAUUUGCUGCUGGAUUCGCCAAGGAGGAUGUCCUCCUAAGAAAGAGAACAGCUCGGAUUCUAAAGCCGGCAUUCACAGUGAUACGUGAUAAAGAAUCAAAAUGUUUGUUUGUGUUCAUCCGUGGAACUCGUAGCAUAAAAGACACUCUCACAGAUGCAAUUGCUGCUCCCAUCCCCUUCAGUCAUAGAUUCAUUAGCAGUGAUGGUAAGCUGAGAAGGAACAACACGGUUUCUGGACAUGCACACCGUGGUAUGGUUACUGCAGCUCGUUGGAUUAGAAGACACUGCACCUCUACACUACUUGAUGCUUUUCAAGAAAAUCCCGACUUCAAAAUCAAGAUCAUUGGGCAUUCACUUGGUGGUGGUACUGCUGCACUGUUGACAUUUAUGCUUAGAGAAAUGAAGCAGUUCUCUUCAUGUACUUGUGUAACGUUUGGACCAGCUGCGUGUAUGACAUUGGAGUUAGCCGAAUUCGGGAAGCCCUUUAUCACUUCCAUUAUAAAUGGUUAUGACAUAGUGCCUACAUUGUCAGCUUCUUCUGUUCACGAUUUCAUUUACAAGGGUCGGAUUAAGGAUAAAAACAUCCUAACUGCAGUUGGAUCUCGCUUAUCAUUUGCGAAAGCCAUCACAGGACAUGCAGUAACUCGUUGCACCCAGGUUGUGAAGAAGCAUCAACAAAGAACUCAAUCUUUGUUACCCUGCUCCCAACGUGAGAAUAUUGAAACAUCAGAUGACUUGGUUAAGGCUUCUCAAUCAUGGGAGACAAGUUGUGAAACUCUUUUGACUGAAGAACACGUAAUCAUAGAGUCUGUGUCGGAUGAUGAAGAAUAUAAUUCUUCUAGUGAAGGAUCUGACGGUGAUGAUGAUGACUCAGAUGAUGAUAAAGACAAAUUGUCUAACAUUCAUGCUAAGGACAAAGAAGCAACCACAACAAAAAACAUCACUGAAGAAGAGAGUGUUUGUCCUGUUCCAACAUCAGUCAACUUGGAUAGACAUCCUCUUUAUCCUCCAGGAAAAAUCAUGCACAUUGUCCCUGAAAAUAAUAAUUCAAACCGCAAGUAUCCUGAUAAGAAACGCAUCUACUUAUAUGAAACACCUACACAAUUUUAUGGAAAGCUCAGAUUUUCAAGAGGGAUUAUUCUGGAUCAUCUCACGAAGAAGUAUUUGAAGAAGCUACAGCAAUUAAUCAAUCAACUAGAGAAAGAGCAGUCCAAAUUUGGCGGAUUAUGAGCCAAAGAAUUAAUAGCAAUGGAAUGAUAUAAUAGCUACUAGCUAACUGGCUUGAGGAGCCUUACCAUCAACUGGACCUCUUGAUUCUGGUAGUCAUGUUUGUUGUGUGUAUUUGAAUUCUAAUUAUUGAAAAUAUGCCUGCUGCUUGAAAUGGAUUCUAAAGAUUCAGUUUUUCGAGUGUCUUUUAGGAGUUUGUUAUUUCUUGUAACAGUUGUAAGUCUUUUUUUAAGUUUUGAAUGUUUGUUUCUGUUUUUUUCAUUUAAGUUGAAGUUAUACUAACAAUGAUAGAUGUAUAUUGAGCUCUAUUUAUAGAGUCAUCCAAUAAAGUUUUUCAUGUGUUUA